UACAAAGCUAUGUUAUUUCGUUUUCAGUUUUCAAUUACUCUGUGAUGGGUGUUCAAUUGUUGGAGUUUGAUUGCUUUGUUUGAUUGAUUGAUUAAAUUACUUGUGGGAGAGUGGUGGAUGAUGAUAUGCUACGUAUGAAUUGCAUGAAUUGCUGAUUGAGACUUGAAAUUGAGAGGGAGUAUACCUUUCAACCCAACUUUGAAUUUGGGGUGCAAACUGUAGGCCGAAAGGAGUAGUUCCUUGGACUUGGCAAAUUCGUUUCUGUUAACAAAUUGUUGCGUAUGUUUGAAACUAGAAUGGAAUUGAGUAGCUUGUGUGAGAUUGAAACAAAAGACAUCAGUUUCUUCUACCUCUUUCCCUCUCGGCUUUCUCUCUCAAUUUGCUAAAGGUUUGCAGUUUGUGAAUGAUGGGAAUGAGUAUACCGUGGAUAUCAUGAGGCAGAAUCUGAGCAGGAGGUGGAGGGUAAUCAAGCAGGAGGUGGAGGAGGAGCUGAAUCAAGCAGGAGGUGGAGGAGCUACACAAUGACUGAUAAUUUCUCAACGACACCACUUUUACCAUAUACAUUUCGGUAUAUAUGCUAAGUUUUUUUUCUAUCAUAGCCUGGGCUUAAUAUGUAUAUGUUGCUAUAAUAGUUGUCUGAUAAUCAUUAAUAGUUGUAAAUCUGUUUUCAUAUAUUUAACUCUAUAAAAUUUGAGAGGUUUAUAAAUUGGUGCAAAAUGAUGUUUUAAAAGAUGGGUGAUUUAAAUUUAGUAUAAAGUUGUGUAUCGUAAUUUAAAUUCUGUUGAUAUAAAUUGAAUACAAGAUGCAAUAUCUUGGUAAAAGAUGCCAUUAUAUUGUCUCACUUUCAAUGAUGUAUUCCUACUAUGAGGCAUUAUAAUUUAUGUGUUUCGAAGUAAUAUACUCCCUCCGUCUCAAGAUAAGCAAGUCAUAUUCCUUUUUUGGGAUGUCCCACUAUAAAUAAAGUAUUUUUCUUUUUAGCAAAAAAAAUUUCUCGCUUACUUUAUUUUUCACCUAUUUUAUAUGGAAUUAAAGAACAUAUAUAUAUGGAACCGCGCAUAGCGUGGGUGGAAAACUAGUUCCUGACUUUUUUUAAACCAGAUUAAACACAUUAGCAACAAAGGCGUCUGCAGCGGCAGCUAAAGCAAAUGCAACUCCAUAUUCCAUUUCAAAUGCUGGUACUCAAAAAUUAGGAUUUUCCCCAUAAAUUAAUGAAUUAUCAAUAAGAGCACCUUUUUAAUCAAAUCGCCGAGCCCAAGACUCGUCGCAGUUAAUUCCAAUAGGCAAUAACCCAAAUCUCGAUUCUGUCAAAAUGGAUAAAACUGCUCCUGGGCUUGACUUGCAUGAGUCUCCUCCAUCUCCUUCCGCCGCAAUUGAUUUUCUCACAUUGUGUCAUCGCUUGAAGUCUGCAAAACGGAAAGGAUGGCUGAAUCAUGGAAUAAAGGGCCCUGAAUCAAUAGCUGAUCAUAUGUAUCGUAUGUCGUUGAUGGCUUUGAUUGCUGAUGAUGCUCCUGGGAUUAACAGAGAAAGCCAUUGUUGGAGAUAUAACCCCAUCCGAUGGUGUGUCAAAGCAUGAAAGAGUAGAAUGGAGCAAGAGGCACUAGAUGAAAUGUGCAAGGUUCUUGGUGGUGGGAUGAGAGCUGAAGAAAUACAAGAACUAUGGCAAGAGUAUGAAACCAACUCCUCUCUAGAGGCCAACCUCGUGAAAGAUUUUGACAAAGUUGAAAUGAUUCUACAAGCGUUGGAGUACGAGAAGGUGAAUGAGUUGACAUCAGAGCAUGGGAAGAUCUUGGAUGAGUUCUUUCUGUCAACUGCCGAAAAAUUUCAAACAGAAAUCGGGAAAAGACGGCAGCCGAAAUAAUUUCUAGGAGAAAUUUAAGAUGAGCAAAUAAACGCAGCUUGUUUCUUGAUGCAUCUCGAUGGACUAGUGGUGGAGUUUGUUUAGCAUCUCUGGUCGUUUUGUGGUCAUCCAAAGCAGUUGUGGACAAGGAGCAACACCGGGGAAGACGAGUAGAAAUGGGAUUUUUGCAAAGCAGAUAUCCUGUUCUUCCCUUGCUGAUAAUGCAUUAUUACUACUCUUUGUGUUGAUCAUCAAUAAUAAGUCGAAUUUUUAUGUCU